AUGGAUUUAGCCAACCAUGGACUGAUUCUUCUGCAGCAGCUCAAUGCUCAACGGGAGUUUGGUUUCCUGUGUGACUGUACAGUUGCUAUUGGUGAUGUUUACUUCAAGGCACACAAAUCUGUCCUUGCCUCUUUUUCCAACUAUUUCAAGAUGCUGUUUGUUCAUCAAAGCAGGUACAGAAGUUAUAAAAUAAUACACUUUAAAAAUGGUAUUUAGUUAAGGUAAAAUAGUCUGAAGGAAUUAGAAAGUGUUAAGGCAGCCUAAUGUGAGUUGCUUUAUAAAUCACAAUAACUAAACAUCCAGCUUCAUCCACAAAUCAGUUAACCAGAUUACAGUGCCAAUCCUGUGGAUUUCACUCCUAACUAGUUUGUGGAUCAAGUUCAUGAACUGCUGCCCUGAAGGUAUAUAUUCUGGAAUAAAUUAGAUCACAAUUUUGCAGAUUAUAUAUAUAUAUAUAUAUAUAUAUAUUGCAGCAGUAGAAGUAAUGCCUAAACCAUGAUAACAGAUUUAUUUUAUUUAUAUGAACAUGUCUAGGAUUGCAUUCUUGUAUACUUAAAAUUGUGCACUUAGUUGUAUACUUAGAUUAUUGUAAUCCUUCAGAAGCAUUUUAUCUUCCUCCUUAAUACUGUUUUGAAAUUUCUUUCAGUGAAUGUGUCCGUUUGAAGGCAACUGACAUACAGCCAGAUAUUUUCAGCUAUCUCUUACAUUUGAUGUACACUGGAAAAAUGGCACCUCAGCUCAUAGAUCCUGUUCGAUUGGAGCAAGGAAUAAAGUUUCUGCAUGCGUUCCCGCUUAUUCAAGAGGCUAGCCUUGCCAGUCAAGGAAACUUUACACACCCGGAGCAGAUUUUUCCAUUGGCAUCUUCAUUAUACGGUAUUCAGAUUGCGGAUCACCAGGCAAGAAAUUCCACAAAAGCAGCCGCCACAACUGACAAACCUGUUCGAGGACCAAGGCCACAGUCAUCAAGAGCAAAUCAAGAACAGAUGCAUGAAGCCACCCAACUGUCACAGAUACCACCACCACCGCUGCCUCAAGUGCCCCCAACAAAUAUGUCCACUUCAGACCCAUUACAGCCUCCAUUGUCUCCUGAACUGGUUUCUACUGCUCCUCAUCCUUCUCCUCCAGGUGAUGAAAACAACAUGGAAGCCUCCUCCUCAGAUGAUCAGCCUGCUUCUCUCACAAUUGCGCACGUCAAGCCAAGCAUUAUGAAAAAGAACGGAAGCUUCCCCAAAUACUACGCUUGUCACCUCUGCGGUCGGCGAUUCAAUUUGCGAAGUAGUUUGCGUGAGCAUCUCCAGAUUCACACAGGGGUGCCUUUCUCAUCAAGCCAGCACGGGGAAAGUAGCGUUCCUUUAUCUCUUUGUAAUAACGCUCCUGAAAAAGAUUCUAUGGAAGUUGCUGAAGCUGGAAUGAUUAGCGAUAGCGAGCUGCAGCAGAUCUCGGAUUCACCCAUCAUUGAUGGACAACCGCAGGCUGAAACACCACCACCCUCUGACAUUGCUGACAUAGACAACUUGGAGCAAGCAGAUCAAGAAAGGGAAGUUAAAAGGCGGAAGUACGAGUGUUCCAUUUGUGGGCGCAAAUUUAUUCAGAAAAGCCACUGGAGGGAGCACAUGUACAUUCAUACUGGCAAGCCUUUCAAGUGCAGCACCUGUGACAAAAGCUUCUGCCGGGCCAAUCAAGCUGCUCGACAUGUAUGUCUAAACCAAAGCAUGGACACCUACACCAUGGUGGACAAGCAGACUCUGGAGCUUUGUACUUUUGAGGAAGGCAACCAAAUGGACAACAUGUUGGUACAGACCAACAAACCCUAUAAAUGCAACUUGUGUGACAAAACGUUCUCCACGCCUAAUGAAGUCGUCAAACAUUCGUGCCAAAGUCAGAACUCUGUCUUUACUCUAGACGAGGAUAGAUCCAUUUUGCUAGGUGGUGGGGAUGCUGAAACCACAGAGAGUGACCAUUCGGUCUUAGACUCUAUCAAAAAAGAACAGGAAGCAGUGUUGUUAGACUGA